AUGUUAACUCCUGCUAUCCUAAAGUCUUUGACUGAGAAUGCAGCUACUAAAAUUAGAAACAGUGCUGUUUUCUCUAAACCAAUUCAGCAUGAACUCUCAAUUUAUCAGCUAACUGAGCUUGAAAAAUGUAGCCCACAGUUCAAAAUUAUUUACGAUAUAUACAACUCUUUUCAAAAGAACAGGGAUUCAGAAAAGUUCUACGCAAGUUUUUAUGCGUCUGUCCCAUUGAAAUCAAGAGAUUUCUUUCCAGGCCUGGCAUCAAAUGCAGCAACUUUACUUGCUACCAAGUUUGCAGAUAUGAUGAUUGUUCAUUUGAAAGAAUUGACCCAGAAAAAUCCAAAAAUACAUUGUAAAGAAGUGUGUGAAAGAGAACUAGGAGGGCUACAGUAUAUUGGAGGGUAUGUUUUGCAUAACCUGCACAAAAAAUACAGAAAUGGAAAAAAUUGGCGUUCAUUAGAAUGCCAGCAUUUGAUGGCAAUUUUACGUGCCUGUAAAGCAGAUGAUGCUGACACUUCAGACAACCGCCUUGUUGCAUGUUUAAACAGAGGCGGUCUUUGGGCAAUCAAAAAAGAAUUGGAGAUGGUUUUUUUAAUAACAGAACAAUACUUCAGGGCAGGCAAAUCAACAUCUGGAGUUGAAAAGUUAAAUUUUCAAGGUAUAAUUAAUGCAGCAAUGAAUGAUGAUCAUCUCAACAGCUUGUUUGCUUCUGUGGUUUCAGAAAUUGACAUAUGCCCAAGCUCCUACUUAGUCAAAGAUCUGCUCUUUAGUAUCCUGUCUUUGUAUGUACGCGUACGUUGCUUUUCACAUGCACAUGAUAUUAUUCAGCAAUACAAAUUGCACUCAAGACAAGUGCGAUCUAAAGGAUUAAGAGCUGAAAUAAAAAGACAAAGUGGCCAUAAAUCAAAAGUUCAAAAAUAGGAAAAUGACAUUGUUGUUAUAAAACUGGAAACAAUUUUCUUUAUUAUUUAAAUACAUUUAACAUCUAGCUGACACAGUUCUGCUUUUAGUAACUUUAUACAUGUUGUGACUAGUACCUUAAUUUAAGUAAUUUUAAUGGAAUUUGCAUUUUCAUGAUACAGGAUGUCUCAUAAAACAAAUUGUUGCUUCCUUGUCAAAAUUUAACUUGAAAGUUUACUUUGAAAAUUGCAGUUUGUGUUUGGGAUUACCACAUUUGUGAAGCUUAUGACACAGGGAAGACCAAAAGAAAAGGGUUAAGAAAGUUUGUGCAUAGACCUCUGAAUCAUCUAUCAUAGAUAACAAGUGCACAGGACUGCCAAAAGGGGAGGGUAGCCAGGGCAAGUGCUUAGGGCCCAGGCUUAUUUUGGAGCCAAUAAUUUUAGAAUCUAUAUUAAUUAUCAUAUUCAAGAAUCUGUAUUCAUUGUCAAGCAAGACCCAUUGGUUGGCCCAGGGAACAGUCUUGCUCUUGGUCGCCCUGCAAGGGCAGACUGACAGCUACUCAGGUUGCCAUAUAUUUAAGAAUUACAUUACCCUUAAAGCAACUAGUUAUCAUUUCUAAAUAAACAUUUUGGCUGCGAAACCAUCUCUGAAAGAGAAAAUGACAGUCUAUGUUGCCAGACAGCAUCUAGAAUAUUCAUGUAGAAUGGAGUUAAAUAAAAGUAAAGCUUGAGUAAUACUGUUCAUAAGAUUUGUAAGAAUGAGGAUGCUUAGGGGCUUAACAGUAAGGUUGUGCACACUUGAAUAACUGUUUAUGCUCAGUACAAACUAAAACAGAUAAAGUCUAAUAGUCAACCUAUUUAUUGAAGCUAUGUUUGAUUUUUCGACAGGGCACUGGGUCAUCAGAAAAAUUCCACCGUGAUCUGGAUUUAUCUUUCCUCCCUCUAGUAUUUCCACUUUCACAUGAAAUGGACCUUUGUGUGCGAAUUGUAUUUGCAUUGUAUCCAAACUGCCGAAUGUCAGGAUUGUCAUUCCUCCUACCAAGUUUUCCCUGGUUGCCAAAGUAUUCCUCUACGGGAUCCUGACAGAACCUUUCUGUCAAAACAAAAUCAACUCCUUGACAUAUCAAAUAUUUGGUGGCCUCUAUCACUGAAUAUGUUGUUAUUUGCAAUCCCUCGUAAGUUUGUCUUGAUCGAAACAUUUUUGCUUUACCAUUUUCUGUAAACUGCCCAGGCCUAUGAUCCACACAAUCUUUCCAUGAAGAUUCUUUGACUUUAAUUCAUGUGAUUUAUUGGCUUUUGCAGCUUGCUGUGCACAUGGUAAACACUGCUCACCUGGAGAAAUGAUACUGCACCAGAUGGAGCACCAGUACUCUUUUCUUGGAUACUGCUUAGAGCUUUCAUCCAUAGAUAAUGGAUCUUGAUAAGUUGGUAUCACAUGAUUCACCACAUUGCCCGAAAUAUCUAUCGGCGAAUUUCCGUUGCAAAUUGGAUAACCUUCUAUAUCUUUAAUCAGGUUUGAUAUGAAAAUGUUGCGCAGUGACCGAAAAUUCUUUGUGUAAAUAGGAUUGUUUUCCCGCAAAAACCAGCCAUAGACUGAUACAAAGAAUGCCAAGCCAACAUCAAUUGUGAUUUCAUAUUUGGGGAUAAGAGUAAAUUCCUCGACUUUUUUCAAAACAAUGCGAUCUUCUUUAAUGUUUACAGACCAGCCCUCCAAAGCCUUUAGGCUUGAAACUCUAUUGAUGACAUCUUUGAAAUCUUUAUAGCAAUGUUUUGCUACAGCAACAUGGUCUUUCACAAUGGUCCUUGCCUCUCUUUCUCUUGGUUUUGGGGUUUCGCAACUCUUUUUUGGCAUCUUUAAAGUUGGUAAUGCUCCAAACCUCUUUUUGAUUUUUGUUCCAACAGCUAAGGUAACGAGAAACACAUCAAUUAUACCUUAAUAAUCAUUCGCACGCUGCUACACUGCAUCGACAAGGGACAUUACCCAACCCCAAAGUUCGUCGGGCCUAAGUAGAUAUAUAUAAUGCGCCGGUUUUCUUUUAAAAGGAUACAUUACAUGCAAAGUUAUUAUUUUGAGAAAAAUGUUUUCUUUUCUUUGCAACGUAUUCAUCUGUUAGGAUAGCCAUUUGAAUUAAUCAAAGAAAAUAACUAUGACUUAAAUGAAGUGGAAGGUCAAAUAAAUCGAUGAACACAGUUUGGCCUAAAGAAGAACAGCGUAUUAUCCCUUUAGGAUAAGCGGUCAAUAUAUAUCAAAUAAAACAUAAUAAUAUAAAUAAGACACUUACAAACUUCUAUCUCAUGUGGGUGGAAGUGUUCUUCGCAGGUGUGAACUGUGUCCUGUUCUAUUUGCCUUUUAAAAUUUGCAUCCAGUUCUCUGUGCUUUUUUAAUUCAUUCAGCCAUGCAGCCCGCCACUCCUGGUAGGGCUUCGAAGGACGAUUUGGGACUUUAAAGAUCCCGAUUCCUUUAGAUCUCCGAGAUUUUCCACAACCAUACACCGAGCAAUUAUCUCCUGGCAUAUUGACGUAAACAUAAGACGGGGCGAUCUAUUUAUCAAAAGGACAUCCAAACUUUCACCAAAGGUCCUACCAUGCCUAAUCGCUCUAACAUUCAACGCAAAGACUUGUGCACGGUCAUUGUCACGUGCCUCGAAGUAAAUCACGUGACUCGAAACAAAGAGUUCUUCUUUUGAAGUGCGCCGCGGUUCAUAACCAGAGUUCUCCUCUAUUAACUAUGGUUCCACAGUAGAUUUGAGGAAAAUUUAUCUGUGUAGGGUUGUAGUUAAAAAAAUUUGAUGUCUAUUUUAGCAAGUUUUACACGUUAUUUUUUAAUGGACGGUGGUAAAAAUUCCCAAUUUUCGGCUUUGGCCUAAGUUUGUUUACACUUUCCAGAGCUGUGAUUGGCUCAGUGGCGAGAGAAGUCACGUGAUUCAGCCAAUCAAGAUUCGAGCCUUAUCCUAUUUAUACUUUUUUACAACUAGUUUACAGCAAUAACAGUUUACCUUAAUAAUAUCAGUCUUUCAAUUUUUUAAGAAAUUCAAUCAUAGUAAAUUCUUGAAGAGGUGUAUUUAAUAUAUUUCUUUCGCUAAAAUUAGAUCUAAAAGCAUAUAAAAGCGCAAUAGCUUUGACAUAUAAUGAAUGCACUGGAAUAUGUAAUGCCAUACCACAUUGAUAAUUUUGCACCUUUAAAUCAGCUCAAUACAGCAAUAAAAAAUGCAUUACUCUCGUUUUACUUAAUAUCGUUGCAAGCAAUAAUGGUGUUUCACCAUUUCCAUUUACAGUGUUCACAUUUGCAUCUUUUCUAUCAUAUAAUUCAAUAUAAAUCGAUGCUCUACCCAUACUCUAAUAUGAACUUCAUUCAAAAAGGUAUUAUCCUAUGCAAGGAAGUAUUUUGAUGUUGGCUUUGAAAAAAGCAAACAUUUUACGACAUACUAAAAGCUUUUUUGACUGACACUCCUCAGAGCAUAAAACGUUAGAAUAAGGUUCUGAAAGAACAUUGAAAAUAUAUACCCAGUUGUGGAUUGAAAUAGGCCAAUCAGAAGAACGCAAACACAAGAUCAGUAUAGUUGACCAGUCAGUGCCGCGAGCCUGAAGAAAAAUUACCAAUGGAGUCCAAAACAUCUAGCAGUUUUGGAGUCGAUCUACAUAAAAACGAAUUUUUAAUGCUUUUAUGUACUUUUUUUACUUUUAGCUUUUGAAUUUAAUUUUUACUUUACUUUUACAGUAGGCCCUAAUGUAAAGAAUUUUUCUCUUUUUAAAUAAAUUAUUAUAGGCUACCCACUUUAACUAGUGAAUUAUUAAGCAUCAUGAAUUAUGAAUUAUAAUUAUAACGUAGAUAAAUUAUUAUAGUCAACAUCACGGGACAUUUUUCUCUUGCCAAUUUCUUAUAUGAUUUUCUCUUAAGCUUUAUGUGGUAGAUUAUUGCUGUGAAUUGCAACGGAAGUGGCUUUUUGGCAACCUGCAUUCUUGUGCAAACAUGAUCGCCAAGAAUUAGUUUACACCUUAAAGACGUCAAUUUACGGCAAUAAUCUACCACAUAAAGCUUAAGAGAAAAUCUUAUGCAAAGAUAGCGAUCAUGUAAAACAAAUGCAAAACACGAUGCAGAUGCAGAGACAGCGAAGAUGCAAAACAAAUAACAGACAAAUAGACACGUAUAAAGAUCUGGUAACUAAAAUCAAAGCUUCCGAUUUACCCUUUAGCUCUGAAGGGAAGUGCUAUGAACAUCUUGCUCUUGGAAAAAUAUUACACUAUCUCUAUAAUUCUAGACUGAGUGUGAAGCAGUUGGACCAGCUAAACAAUAUAAUAACCAUCGCAGUUCAAGAACUAUUUUUGCUCUACAAGUCCACAACACGAAUUGCGAUAUUCCUCCCCUAAGGAAAUGGUGGUAUUGGCAUUAAGCGGAUUUCUGAUGUCUAUAGAUCGACACAUUUAGCCUUUCUUAUUACAAUGCUAAAUCAUGAUGUGGUGCAUUAAGCAUAUUGCGAGGUCAUCUCUUGAGCUAGACAUGAAAAGAGAGGAUAUGCAUUAACUCAUGAUGGUUUCUUGGCCUGUAACUCAAAUCUCAUUUGUCAGUCCGACUGGCCAGAUAUGGUAAGAUAUGCAAGAAGCUUGAACGUUGAUAUUAAGUAUGUGAAUGACAAGGCGAUGGCUCACAUUAAAUGAGCAUCGAGUGACAAUCAGUGUGAGCUCCAAAAGAAGCUAUAUCAGCUCUGUGUUGAAAGAGAUAUCGAGGCUUCAAAGGAAUUAACUUUGCAAGGAUGUUAUCUCAAUCAUGGAAAUAUUCAUAUAAAAACCGCCACACUCGACCUAUUAUAAUUGGAAAGUUGAUGAUGCUCUUGUGAUUUUUGCAAUCAAAACAAUGCUUAGUAUUCUUCCGACCAACUUUACUCUUCACCUGUGGAAUAGAGAUCACAGUCCAGAAUGCCCAUUCUGUCACAGACAUACAGAGUCCCUAGCUCACAUAUUAAACGUUUGCAACAAGUUUAAGAAUUUCUAUUCACGUCACCAUGAUCGAAUUGUGAAUAAGAUUGCAGAAUUUAUAAAGGAAAAUAAGCCACGGGCAAAAAUUUCAUCAAACUUGAUAGCAGAAACCAUAUUUCCAGAAUUUAAAAGAAAGGAUUAAGCAGAUUGUUCAUCGUAAACCAGACAUAACACUGCCUCUAGUGCACUGAUAUACUGAUAUACCAUUCUCAAUGGUAUACAGAGGCAGUGCACAAUAGUUGAAAUAACUGUUUGCUAUGAUUUAUAUUUGGAAAAUGCUUAUCAGGAGAAAGUUAGAAGAUAUAAGGAGCUAUCUGAUUAUCUAGAGAGAAAUGGAUUCUCAGUGCAGCUGGUUGUUCUUUGUUUUGGUUCGCUUGGGUGUAUAAAAAGUGACAUAUGGCUGGGAUUGAGAAACUUCUCCCAAAGUAAAGAAUAAUAAUAAUAAUAUAAUAAUAACAUGAAUCUUUAUACAGGAUUACCACUUCAAUGUUACUGCUGUUAUCAAUGUGUGUCCUGAUUAACGUAAAAAGAUAUUAUAUAAAAAAAUGAAAAAUUUACAGCAAUUGUAUUAAUACCAUAUGUUACAUAUUUAAAAUAAGGAGUCUAAAUCAUAUCUAAAAAAAGAAGCAUAGGUAAAAUUUUGCUUAAGAUGCUGUUCAUAGGCAUUGAAUGAUUCAGUUUUCCGUAUGUUGAUAGGCAGUUCAUUGUAAAUUUUUGCUGCCAUGAAACGAAACGAUUUGCGUGCAUAUUCAGUUUUAAUUUUUGGAAGCUUGACGAGACAUUAAUUGUUUCUUGUUCUCAAAUUGGGGUCAAAGUAGCCUUGAAACUUGUCAAAAAUGUCCUUGUCAAUACACUUGCGCAUCCCCUUACAUGCACGGAUCUUAUUUGCACUGACAACUGACUGAAUUCUUCCGCUAGUUUUCAAAUUUCCUUGUAUUGUUCUUAAUUUAACGAAGCUAGUCUUAUUAAUUGGGUGUCAGUUAGCUUCAGCAGUAGUAUUCCAGAGUAGGUAAAAGUAGGCAGAAUCAGUGAAUGAUAAAUCGUCUCCGCAGCAGUGAGAUCAAGAUAAUCUCUAAGCUUUCCCAGCAGCAUCAGCCUGCUUGAUGCGCAUUUAAAACAUUUGUCGAAAUGGCUAUUGAGAUUCAAAAAGCUGUCGAUUUCAAUGCCAAGAUAUUUGUAAUGGCUUGUAUUCAAUACAUUUGCACUUCGGUACAUGACAGUGAGUGUCUCAUUUUGCUUUGCAAUCCUCUGUGAUGUUCAGAAUAGAAGCGACUCAGUUUUUCCUUUUUUAAGAUUUAUUAUCAGCGCAUUUUCGUCCAGCCACUUGGCAAUAGCAUCCAUAUCUUUGGUGAGCUCAGAAUUAAUAACUGCUACAUCUUUAUGAGCUACAUAUAUCACUGUAUCAUCAGCAUACUACAUAAUUUUUGCACUUUUUAUCACAUUGGUUAUGUCAUUGAAAAAUAUAAUGAAAAGGAGGGGACCCAGAAUUGAUCCUUGCGGCACUCCUGCUUGAAUGUCUUGCUUGUUAGACAAACAGACACCAUAGCUAACAGCCAUUGAUCGAUGAAAAAGAUAAUCUGUAAACCAUCCAAGUUCUUCAUCACAGAUUCCGUACUGAGGUAAUUUCUGAAGCAGGUUCGAAUGACUGAUGGUAUCAAAUGCCUUACUCAAGUCAAUGAACGUUUCACCAACUACUUUCCUUUCAUCUACAUGUUGCCGAAUUUCAUCAAAUAAGAGAUUUGCUGCUAACUCCGUGGACAACUUAGGUCUAAAUCCAAAUUGAAUUUUUGAUAGAAACUUAUUAACUUCGAGGAAUCCCAUGAGUUGCCGAUGUAUCUCCUUUUAAUAUAAAGAAUGUGAUGAAAUGGUGUUCAAUAUCUUGUAUAAUUGGAGGAAACUAUAUCUGGAGGAGCAGAGUUAUUGGGACAAUAGUUAUUAGUGUUGAAUAGACUUUAGCUUAUACAUACCUGGAAAUACGGUAACACACCAGUUUUUAAGCAGUUUUUUUGCUUAGUAUCUUGGUCAAGUAGUUAUUCGCUCGUGGUAGAUUCUUCCCUCUGCUCAGUUGGAACCUGUAACUGGGAACGCUCGGCUCCAUGGCAUACACUACUGUGUUGAUACCUUCAGAAGCUUUAUAACAAGUUUAAAAUACAAGGCUGGCUUUAAUUAAAAUAUUUUCUGACUGAUAUGGUUAGUGGGACACGCCAAGCUGUUCAUGUAGAUUUUUCAGGACGUCUGACAGGAUGUCCAUAAGCCGAAAUCAAGCAUAUCAAAUGUUCAAUCUACGUUGUUAAAUUUGCUGUUUUCUAUUUUCUUAAGGUAUUGCUUGUGGUAAGUGUAAAAGCAGCGAGAAAUUACUAAUAAAAACUCGUGCAACAACCUUCAUUCAGUACACUCCCCUCACGAAAGUACCCGGAAAGUUCUAAGAUCGAUUGCGCUUUCAGACAAAAACAAAUUUAGGCUGGCAAAAACGACUUUUUAGCUUUGCGAUAAUAGUUUUUCUAGAAACCCUUCCAAAAUAAACCAGAACAUUAAAAUAAUGCAAAAAUUCUGCGCUUUUAUCCGUUAUAUUUUUUUGUUAAAAUGAGAAACCUUCGCGCUACAAGCCUUACGCAAAUCAACUGAUAUCAAAUAUAGGGAGAACAGCAAAGUCCGGUGACUUGGACUCGGCCAAUAAAACAUGGUAAUUUUUAACAAUCUGGUUAUUUAGACAAGAAUAUUUUCGAAUAAAGAGAAAUACAACGUGUUCACUCUCAGUUGGGAAAAAUUUUUGCAUGGAGAUCCCUUGGAUCGAUUAUAAAACAUGGAUGACAUUUGGUAACAUUUUUCCAAAACAAAAACUUUCUUCUUGCAAAGCAGACAUAUCAUUCAGGGCAGGGCCAUAAAGCGAUAUUAUUUCUUUACAGUUGCAAGUCUUGCUGAAAUCGAUCGGUACGAGGGCACAUUCACAAUACACCUUUUCAACUAAUCGCGUCGAAGGGAACUGGGUCGAGAUUUGUGGUUAAAGACCUUGCGUGUUGUGUUGUUAUUCCUUGGAAUUAUGUUUGCGAAAGAGCAAAGUUUGCUUAGUUUGCUUGAAUUAAAUCGAUUCAUUGAGAUUUCAUCACAAAAGAAGCUUUUUUAAAAGCUAAUUGACGGAAGUUACCUCAGUUGCUGGCGUUUUUGUCUGCCUUUUGCUGUCAUUUAGCACAUAAAUUUACUCAGAAGCGAUGGUGAAUGGAAACUGUGCCGUAGUUAAUUGCACUAACAGCAACUACAAACUGAAAAAAAGAAGAAGGAACACUGUGCAAUACAUGUUGGACAAAUUCACGCCGAUUGCUACUGCCCUCACCCUUUUACACUGCACAGAUUUCCAAGUACACGGUUGAAUUCGGAGAGACGAGCUGUGUGGAUACGCAAAAUCAACAGGCAGACAGCAAAGAAAACUCGCUGGACUCCUGGAGAGAGUGACCUAGUAUGCUCAAAGCAUUUCGUUGACGGGCUUCCUACCUUGCUCUCUCCUCGAUCAGUCUACCUACUGAGAGAGCUCCUCCUUAAGAAAUUCCUCUCCAUACGAAAUUCUAUGUCCUCUUAUUGUAAAAUUUGUCAUUUUUUGUCAUCUGUUUUAAUUUGUUAUUCUAGUUAAUUGUAUGUAUUUUAGAAAGAUUUUUGUAUGUAGUGGAAUUUUAAAAUUAAAACUGAACUGAACUGAACCUUGGAAAACCCAGAUCCAACACUAGGCCUGUGGUAUAAAAGGCCUACAAAGAAGAUGAGGAGGGUUCUGAAACGCCAAAAUCAUGAACCUGAGGUUGCUGCCACACAAGAAGUUGUGGGGGUCGGCUGUGAACAAUGUGAUGAAAAAGAACAGAAAAUAUCUUCGCUGGUUGCCCAACUCGAUGAACUGACAAAAGAGAGAGAUACUUUGAGGUCUGACCUAGAGCAUCAUAAAAGUAUGGCUAAGCAAGGCAGGUUAAAUAAAAAAGACCUUUCACUUGGAAAAGCAUUAAAAGUGAUUUAAAGAUGAAGUUCUACACAGGAAUUGAGAGUAUCACGAUAUUUUGUGCCAUAUUCACUUUGAUAAAGCCUUGUUUGCCAAAUAUCUUUUACUGGAGAAGAAAAAAGAGGAUCUUUGAUUCUUCAUUAAAAAGGAUUGGCACAAAUCGCCAGCACAAAGUUUGUGGGAAAGAUCAAUUCCUCCUAACACUCAUGCGCCUCAGACUUGGCCUGAUGUAUGAGGACCUUGCUGAUAGAUUUUCCAUUUCAGUAGGGACAUGCUCAAACAUAUUUUCAACUUGGGUAAAACUUCUUGCUAUUCUUUUAGGGGAUGCCUUAAUAUUGUGGCUCCCAAAGCAUACAAUAAAAGCAAAUUUACGCAGUGUUUUCACUAAAGGAAGGUAUCCAAAAGUUUGGUGCAUCACUGACUGCUUCGAAAUCUUCAUAGAAAGGCCACAGUCUUUAGAUGCACAAGCCAGGACAUGGUCAGAAUAAUACUCUAAAAUUCCUUAUAGGUAUUUCACCAAGUGGAUACAUCAUGUACAUCUCAAAAUGCUAUGGGGGAAGAGCAUCUGAUAGAUUUAUUUGUAGGGACAGUAACUUUUAUAGCUUCUUGGAAUAUGGAGAUGAAAUUAUGGCUGACCGUGGUUUUCAAAUUCAACAAGAUUUGCUCCACUAUUAUUGCAAUCUCACAGUGCCUACAAGUGCCCGUACAAAAUCAGAAAUGACAAAAGAUAAAUGUAAAAAGACAAAGGAGGUAGCAAACCUCAGGAUCGUUGAGCGUUGAGCAAGCAAUCAACAGAAUCAAGGGAUUCAAAAUUUUGAAGAACAUUGUUGCUAUUAACAUGAUACCUCUUGCAGAUGACAUUGUGCGUACUUCUGCUCCAUUAUGUAAUCUUCAGUCAUGCUUAUUAAGCCAAGAGAUUAAAAACUCAGUACAACUACUGUUUUUUGUUUAAUAUCCUUUUACCUUUGGAAAACAUUGCUUUUUCAUGUGUGCUGAAGAUAACUGUAUGCUACAAAUUAGAAGCUGUAUUUUGCUUAACAAAAAUUGAAAAUGCAGAAUGUUUUUAAAUUCAUUACAGUAAUGCUUUUGACAUAUAUUUUGCCAACUACUUAAAGGUCAUAUGAAACGAAAUUUUUUAUUGGCCAUUUUACGCAAUUGGAUGGCGCUGAUUGCGAAAAUCUUGGUUAAAUUUUUGAAAGAUACCUGUAAGACACCAAAAUUUCAACUUGAAAACUCAAUUUUGGAGACCAAAAGUGAUACCGGGGUCUGGGACGAGAAGACAGAAGUGACGUAAUAGGUUUGACAUGUUCUUGGCCUUGAAGCCGUAGUAAACAUAAACAUUAAGCAACUGCAGAGGAGACGUAUGGUAAUGUUGAUUUGGAUCAGUCUUCGAAUGAAUUAAAUGAGUUAGGGAGCAUUGGCUGAAUUUGGUGGCCUUUCUAGCUUUACUAGCACAAAACACCGGUAUCCUCCAAAGAAGAAUCAUCAAUCCUCGUCGAGCGAACGAUGUGAGGGAAAGGACUAGGACCAUCCUGGGCACAGAAUACUUUUUCUCUUCUGUGUCCUGGGAAUGAAGAUUGCAUUUGAUCAACACAGCUUGGAGUUUGGUUUGAGAGACAUAUUGCCCUGAAUCAAAGGUAAACUAAAUUCUUUAUUUUUUUAUUAUCUUUACAAUUUAUAGUAUUUAAAGGCAGAAACUUUCACAGACACGAGCCUGGCCUACUGGCCUAAAGCAAACGGGAUACUAGCCUGAUAAACAGACCUUGCUGUGUGUAAGUUUCACUAUAUUGGCGAACUCUAUUUCAUUAAAUUGGUGGGAAAAGGGAAAGACUGAAUCGUGAAUAUAUUUUUCUAUCACAGGUGCUCGUGUACAAAGUGCUCAACAUAAUCGCUUAUCAGACAAGGAAGUACACUGCUGCAGCCGAGAAAUAAACGAGACGUAGGACACGCUCACAUCUGAUGGUUUAUCAAACAGGCAUGAAUAACGGUGUAACAGAAUAAAACCUCUUCAAGGAUCUUGUCCACAAAGAAGUUCUCCUCCUUGCCGGCUCAUAUUUCAAGGACAAGACUCAAAGUCAGUACGAACUGCUCUCACUUGUGGAAUAAAAUCAACACUUGCUGUUGAAUCAGGAAGUGUUGUCACAAGGAACUGAACGAACAUCAAGCAUUUCCCAGGGCCGCUGAAAGCAAGGCCGGGCCCAGCUCAAUGCUUGGAAUCCUGUCUAAAAUGUAUUUGAUAUGAACUUGAAAUACAUAGAAUUUUUUCUAUGUACUUUAGAUUUAUAUUCCUAAAGCCUUUUUUAAAUUUUCUCAAUGCAAAUUACCAUGUCAUAACUACAAUUUGAUUAUCCUUACAAAAUAAUUUUGCUGUACAAUGAGCAUAUAGUUUUCUAGAACAAUCUUGUUUUACGUACUUUUGCAAAGUUCCAUGAGUGAUCUAUGGGAAAACCCUUCAAAUUCCUUGGACUUCCUUGUGUUUUGCAACUGAUUUUUGAAAAAAAAAUCCUCAAAGGCCUGGGAACAAGUACCCUCGUCUAAAAAUAGCUCAAGGGGUACUUGACAGUUGAAGGCAGUAUCCCAUCUUCAGCAAUCAAGUCAUGUACUUGCAGCACGAUUCUUGCUUUGAUUGUGUUUUGAAACUGAUUUUUGGGAAAAAAUCCUCAAAAGCCUGGAAUCGAGUACCCCAGUCUAAAAAUAGCACAAGGGGUAAUUUGCCACCUUGGGUCUGCAUACUAUCUUUUUCCGCUUAUCAAACUCUGUAUUUUCACAGAGUUUCAUGCUUUUAUCGCGAUCUUCAACUGAUUUAUGGAAAACCCCUUCAAAGGCCUGGAAUCGAGUACCCCAAUCGAAAAAUAGCACAAGGGGGCAUUUGCCAGAUAAGAUAUGCAUCCUAUCUUUUUCAGCGUGUCAAACUCUGAAAAAAUUUCGUGCUUUUAUCUUGUUUUGCAAGAUUUUUUCAUCAACAUCACUCACAAAGGUUCCAAUGGCUAUCGAAGGGACGUGUCAAACCUAUUACGUCACAGCGUCGAUCUGACCGCAUUCGAGUGGCAUCGCUUUUGAAGGUCACUUUUUCGGGCUUUCGAGCGCCAUAUCUAGACAAGUUCAAGUCGUAGAAAGAAACGGGAAACGGCGUCUUGACAAGCAAAAAAAGUUCUACCAAAUAUGUGAAAAUCGUUUUUCGGUUCAUAUGACCUUUAAGGACCAACUAGAGAAAACCUUUUUUUGAUGAGGACUUGUUUGAGGAGUUUGGGACUUAAAUAAAUUAUCUAUGAAACUUAUCAAAUACAGUUCACGUAUUGGUGGGAACUUUUUGAAGGGUGAAGUCUAUUACCAAUUUUCUAGUCCUAGCAAAGGGGCUUACUUGAAACCAAAGGCUUUUAGGAAGUGGGCCAAAUCAAGGUUUACAGUAUGUUAAAUGGCAACUUGAUAUAGUCCUGUAAAGGUAUUUUAUGCCUUACUCGAAAUAGAAGGUUUCCUUUAUAUUCUCCUUAGGGUUUGGUAAUGAUUAUAAACCAGAAUAUAGUAAUUAAACACAGUUCAUUAUCACAUUGGGAUUAAAUUUAACCUGAAAUUUAGGUU